CAUAACCACUCCCCUUUCUUCAAAUUUCAGCAGCCAAAAUCGAGCAUAAUACACAGAACAGAAAUUUUUCGGUAUGUUGAGACUUUUCGUAUUAUGGUCUAAUUAUGUUUUUAGUAGUUAUAGUAUGAUUUAAUUUUCGUAUUAUGAUUUAAUUUUCGUAUUAUGUUGUUGUUAGUUAGUUGAACUUAUAUUCGUUAGUUAUAGUAUGAUUUAAUUUUCGUAUUAUGUUGUUGUUUGUUAGUUGAAUUUAUUUUCGUUAGUUAUGGUAUGAUUUAAUUUUUGUAUUAUGUUGUUGUUAGUUAGUUGAACUUAUGUUCGUUAGUUAUAGUAUGAUUUAAUUUUCGUAUUAUGUUGUUGUUAGUUAGUUGAAUUUAUUUUUGUUACUUAUGGUAUGAUUUAAUAUUAGUUGUACAAUAUGAUUUUGGUUAAUUUUACUGUCUUUAAGCUAAUAGAUACUUAUUGUAAAUUGUAGAUAUGGGUAAAUUCAAGAAGUUUCAUCUUACUAUUCGGUGGAAUGGAAGGGUGACAAACUCUGACAUAGGCAUUGAUUAUGAGGACGGCGAAUCCAUUAUGCUGAAAAUUGAAUCCCGAUUCAAUUUUCAAGAACUCUAUGAUCUUUGUGCAGAAAGGGUUUGUACGAGCGGACAGACGAGACUUGGCAAAAUUACUUACCGGUAUCCAGACAUGAGUGCUGGCGGGGUCGUGUUCCAAGAAGUUGUCAUAAACGAUGAUGACGCGGUUAUGAUGAUGUUACAGUUCCUAAGCGAUAACCAAGUCCGGCUUGCAGAGGUGUAUGUUGAGACCGAGGCGCUCGGUGAAUCUCAUUCUCACCAGUAUUCUUAUGAUGAUGGUUUUGCAGGAGGGUACGAAUGGCACGGGAACAAGAGAUUCCUAAAAAGAAUAGGAAAAACAUCAAUUAAUUAGAUUAAAUAAAGCAAAAUAAAACAUUAGAAAAUAAUAAAAUAAAGCAAGUCAGUUCAUCAAAUUACCGGAUUGUUAUCCCAAAUGGCACGGGAGCGAUGCAUUUGCUGAUCGGUUAAUAGACUCGCAUCCCUUGGGCCAUAAUGGAUAUACAAUCGAGGAUCGUAUAUCUCGGCACCCAUCUAUAAAAAAGUAAUAUAAUCAGAGAUUGUUUUGAUAAAAAAUAAAUCAAAUUGUUUCGAUUAAAAAAAAUCACAAACCAAAAACCUACACGAAGAGCCUCUUCGUCCAUUAUUGGCGGAAGCCGGACAGAGGUUCGACGGGUUUAGCUUUGUAAGGGACGGGAACUUAGCGGGACGGGGGCUUUAGGGUCAAACUCUAGUAAUUCUUUCUGAUGUGGAAGAUCGGACUUAGCCGCAACCACGGAGCAUACUUAGAACGAGACUAGAGCGGAUAAAUUGAGGGAGAAAGAAGGUAAAUGUUUGUGGGGUGAGUUGAAAGUGAUAGGGGGAGGGGGUAUUUAUAGUUUGGGGGAAGGGGGAGGAGAUGCUGCGCAGUUAAUUCACCAUCCAUUCACCGCGUUUGAUGAACGCGGUGAACUCACCGUUUUAACCAAACGCGGUGAAUGCAUGGUGACGUGGCGUGCUGCGAGGCGUCGGAUCGUGGGAAGAAAACCACGAUCCGCGUCUCACCGCAUCUAACGGCCACGGUGAAAGCACAAUGGCGCGGAUUGCUGACGCAAACAAACACGGGUUAUUCACCGUGUUUGUCUAACGCGGUGAAUACCCCGUGCUGUCCACGUCAGCACUUCACCGCGUCCCACAAAAACGGUGAAGGCAUCACCGUGUUUAAUUAAAACGGUGAGUACUUCACCGUUUUAAACAAAAGCGGUGAACCCUUCACCGUUUUAAUUUAAAACGGUGAAGCACUCACCGUGUUUUGCAAACGCGGUGAUGACCUUCACCGUUUUAGACAAAAACGGUGAUGCUCAAACAUGUGUAGUUUUGGAAUUUUUUUUAUAACUACUGUAUUUUGGGAAUUUUUUUUAAAAACUAGUGUACUUUGGGAUUUUUUCCCCAAUUUGGAGGGCUGCGUUAUAAAAACAAAAACAAAAAAAUAAUUGGAGGGCUGCGUUAUAAAAAAGAAAACAAAAAAAAUAAUUGGAGGGCUGCGGACAGACAGGGAUGCCAAAUUGGCAAUUGUCAACUGUUACGGUUGGUUGGCCGUUUCUUAAAUUCAAACUUUUUAUUAUAUAUUUUUUUGGUAAAACAGUCAUUGAAUUUUGAAGAUAAAAUUCAACUCAACUCGAUGACUAUAUGAAUACUCGUGGAUUCAAUAUAAAUAUUAUACGUUA